CCGUAGUGAUCAGUUCCACAGUAAAAGUAUCGCAGCAAUACGAUGGCAACUAAAGAGUUCAACGCGGUAUUCCCCGUUUCUUUUCAAGCGCAGUAAUCUAAUAUACUGAACUGUAUUUAGUGUUUAGAGAUAGUAAAGUGAGAGCGAAACGGACUUCGAACACGAAAUAGUUUGAGAGCAUUUAAUAAAUAAAUAUCAAUGUGCACACAUACAUAUGAGAAGAGUAAAUCGUAAACUCAGUUUAAAUAAAAGAAGCGCCAAGCAUAACUUACGCUCAAAAUUAAACGCGCGCUGAGCGUCGUGUGGUCGCAGAGUGCUCUGUGUAUUGUGCUUGAUUUAGUGAGCCGUUUACUUCUAUUUGGUUUGCUCACGAAGCUCGUAAUACAAAACAAAAAAAAAAAACAAAUCAUAACUUAACAUGCUCUCUGCAAACAUCUUUCUCUGCAGCAUUUCAAUGCUACUGAGCUCAGUAACUGCGCAGCUGCCGCUCCCACCGAUAGCAUGUCCGCAAUUUUUUCAGUAUGUGAACGAUGGUUACGCUUACUUUGGCAAGAUCACAUUGCCGCAAGUACCGGUGGGCACGGCAGAGGUGCGUGCGCACUUCACUCAACGUGGACUGCCAACGUCGAAUUACUAUGGCCGCAUAAUUCCCUAUCCGGACGAAAGCACCGUUGUGAGCAAUGUUCUAAAUCGACAGCCAGCCACCUUUCGAGUGGAUUUCGUAAGCCCCUCUAACCCGCCAAAAUUAACCCUGCUAUCGCUGGAUGGUGUUGAGCUAUGUGUGAGCCAGGAUUAUCCUUCACCAAGAUCCUGGUCCAAGCUGUCUUAUCGUCUCUACACCUACUACACUGACGGUAAUGGCUUAACAUCACCGAAUGUGCCCAUUUCGUUGGUGCCUGUGGAGUUAGGCUCAAAUGGAAAUUAUCCAGCGUCGCCACAAUUUCAACCUAUUCAACCUGCCAAUCAAUAUCCAUCUCUCGCACCACCGCAAACUGUUAACACAUACCCCAAUACAGUGCCAACUCACGCAUUUAACACACAAACACCACCAAAAUCUACGCAAACCACACAGGGUCCCAACACACCACCCAAUACAUCACUAGCGUCACCUAAUCUGGAAGGUAUUUGCGGCAGAGAGGGCACUGUGAUUCGUGGGUUUGUCUAUGGUGGCGUCGAGGUGGCGCGUGGCCAGUUCCCCUGGCUAACUGCUAUAUAUAAAAAAGACACGGACGCCUUGAGUUUCAAGUGUGGUGGUUCGUUGGUUUCGCGUCGCACCGUUAUUUCAGCGGCACACUGCUUCAGACGCUUGAGAGCAGAGCAGAUUGUGCUCUAUUUUGGACGAUACGAUCUUGAAAGUUACAGCGAGGAUGGCAUUGAAUCACGCAACGUAGACAAACUGAUCAUACAUCCGGAAUAUGAAAAUGAUAAGCCUAAUGCUGACAUUGCACUGCUGCAAAUAGAACCUAUCGACAAAUUCUCUCGGUACAUACAACCGAUUUGCUUGUGGAGUGAAACUACUGAGAGUUCACUAAUUGUGGGCAGGACUGCCACAGUUGUUGGUUGGGGUUAUGAGGGCAAGAGGGAUCAGGACAUCUCGCCAUUGCCUAAAAUGGUUGAUGUUACUGUGGUAAGCAAGCAGGAUUGUCUGAGUUCAUCUGCCGCCUUUCAGCAACUAGUCACAGACAAUACGAUUUGUGCGGGCAAUCGUGAUGGCACUGGCCCCUGUAUGGGUGACUCUGGUGGCGGUCUGAUGGUGCAGCGCAAUGGCCGUUGGGUUCUGCGUGGUAUAGUAUCAGUGGGACAAUCUUCGCGGCAGCAUUGUAACUUAUACGAAUACGUUGUUUAUUGCGAUAUGGCGAAGUAUGUGACGUGGGUGAGGCAAAAUUUUUUGGACUAAGCGGCCGUGUGCUUAAGAGCUUGUUUUUAGUUAUGUUGUUAUUGUAUUACUUUAUAUUAUAAUAUACAAAGUCUCUUUGAUACUGAUGC